AUGUCCGCAUCCACACCAACCAAGUCGAAGCCGAAAACAAAAGCAGCCGAUUCCGUCGAGGCGCUGCUAUCUUCCCUGGAUGUUGGCGGCGAUGCUUCCAUGGACGGUUCCAAUGCAGCUGCAGGUGCCAAAUCGAGCUCAGGAUCAGGGGCUGCGGGCGCGGGUGGGGAUGCGCAGAGCUUGUUGGAUGAGAUGGACGAUUUGGUGCAGAGAAGAGGAGCUGGUAGUACCAGGAAGGCGUCUGCGCUGAGUGGAGGCGCUAGCACUGCUACAAGCUCCACCAACGCUAGCUCUCCUUUGGUAGCUCCGCCUGCUAGGGCACAGGCUGCUACACCAGCGUCGGCGGCCACGUCUUUGUCAGGGCAGGAGCCUAUUCCUUCCACAGCUACAUCCUCAGAGCAGGCUGCGGCAGCUUCCAGCGCGAACGCGGGCGGCGGCGGAGGAUGGGGCUGGGGCAGCGUUUGGGGUCAAGCUACCAAGUUUGCGGAUCAAGCUAGAGCAGAGCUGGAGAAGAGGUCAGCUGCUGUCAGCGCCGUUCCUGGUUCUUCUGAGUCAAUAGAAGGUACGAGGGGUAGGGGUGGGCUAGCUCUACCCAGUCUGCCUCAGCUACCUGCUGGAACUCAGGAAGCUGCAAGGGAAUUGCAAUCUAGAGGCUGGGGCAUCGCUCAGGGUGUCAGAGGAUUUGUGAAGGAUGCCGGGCUCGAGAAGCUUGGUGAGUUUGUGUCGGCUUGAGCGUCAUGCUACUUUGCUGUUGAGAAUAGACAGCAAAUGGCUGAUCGGUUUCUUCCGGUCUGUACGCAAGGCGAAGAUCUUACCGCUGCUUCCAGGAAAGGCUGGCUCGAAAUCAUCAAUGCUGUCGCCCCUCCCAUUUCCGAGCAUGAGGUCAUUCAAGUGACCCUCAGUCAUGGUAAGUAUCGCGCAAAGUCAUUCGAUUGCCUGUUUUGACAGAGCUUGAAAUGAUCGUCGCUGAUUCUUCAUGUAUUGACGAUAUUUCUUACCUCGCAGACAUGAUUGGUUACGAUGGGAUCGCAGACGUGGUGUUCAAGGUGCUGCAAAGCGUGAUGGAAGCUCAAAUGGACAGAGGGACAGAGCAACAACUUGUUGUGAACAAGGCUCCAGAGCCUCGACCAUCAGGCGAAGCCAAGACGGUGGAGGAAUCGUCUCCGCUCAAGCAAGCCACAUCAGAUUCGAAUGAGAGGGACUUCAGAGCUGUGAUUGGUUGGGACCAAGCGAGAGAAAAGGCUGAGGUGAGCUGCGAUAAAGUCAGCCGGGCAUCGCCAUCUUCACGCCCUUGCUUAGCAACUUUCUCUUUUCGCUCGCUCCAUCCGUGCAGAACGCACUAGCCAAGACGAUCGCGUCACACUCCGCAGCUCCACCAGCCACAUCCAGCUUGACAGUACCCAUCACGCACUGUCCAGUCUUUGUCCGCAUUCAGCCCGUACUUGCACCUCUACCAAUCUUCGCCUCAACGUCCAACGCGGGCAUUUCCAAAGCCAGAUCUGUGACGUCGAAGGAGAACGCGGAACCUGAAGAGCAGCUGUGGUUCUUGCUUCUACUGCAGGAUCCUGGAAAUGGGUGCAGGCAUACCACGGUGUCCCAGUCUGUACCAAGAAGCUGGCGUGAGUGCAGUCUAGCCUUUGACGAAGGAUUGAGCUGUCUCACUAGGAUAUGCGUGCACAUCUCAUUGUACAUUACUUACGUUUCGCUCGCAGUUGACGUGCCGUUUGAGGAGAAUGCGUGGGUCGAACAGUCGCUCGUCGACGUUCUUCAAAAUUCGCUUAGCGUGAUUGGGCAGGUGAGGCACACGCUUAACGCGCUUCGAAGCACUGCGCCUGACAGGUGUGGAGGUGGUGCUGACGCUAUAUUUCUUGUCGCUCGCGCCAUCAUAAGGCCUAUGUUGUAGAGCGUCAGACUGGACGGUCAAGGACCGCUCAGGCUCUCCAAGGAGCGGAAGCCAAAACUCAAACGGCUAGCAGCUGA